AGCCGGCGCGUGUUGACGUUCUGCUUCUUGUCGAAAGUGUCAGUCACACGUGAAUAUCAAACACGGCAAUUACGGAAUGGCAAGCAGCUGUUUGAAAGCCUGCUGUUGAAAAAGUAAACAAACUGAAAAUGGAAUUUCGCGUGUUGGAAUUAUUUAGUGGCAUUGGUGGCAUGCAUUAUGCCUUUAAAUAUGCACAGCUGCCGGGCGAAGUUGUCGCCGCAUUGGAUGUGAAUACAGUCGCCAAUGCGGUUUAUGUCCAUAAUUAUGGAACAACGCAUCUAAAGACGAGAAACAUUCAAAGCUUGAGUGAGAAGGAGGUGAGGCAACUGAAUGCCAACGUGCUGCUUAUGUCACCGCCAUGUCAACCGCACACUCGCCAGGGACUGCAACGGGACGUGGACGAUAAACGUUCUUGUGCUCUCUCCCAUCUCUGCUGUCUGUUGCCGUUCUGUGAGACUCUGGAUUAUGUGCUCAUGGAGAACGUCAAGGGAUUUGAGGCAUCCCAGGCGCGUCAGCAGUUCAUUGAGGCACUCGAAAAAGCUGGCUUCCACUGGCGCGAAUUUAUUCUAACGCCCACACAGUUCAGUGUGCCAAAUACGCGAUAUCGGUAUUAUUGCAUUGCUCGGAAAAGUAAAGAUUUUGAUUUCGCUGGAGGUAAAAUCUGGGAACAUAUGCCGGCGGCAGAAACUAAUAAUGCUAGUCAGCAGACCAUGAGCAAAAUAUCCAGCAUUGUUGAGCCAAAUGUGUCGGAUGAAACACUUGUGCCCGAUGAUGUGUUAAGCAAGCGGGUGCUCGUCAUGGACAUCAUCCAUCCCAGCCAGAGCAGAUCGAUGUGCUUUACCAAGGGAUAUACCCAUUAUACAGAAGGCACAGGUUCAGCGUUUACUCCGUUGUCAGAGGAGCAAGCCCACAGCAUCUUCGAGGCAGUUAAACAAAUCGACACAGGGUCAGAUGAAGCACAACGUCGAAGAUUGGAACUCUUGAGACAAUUGAAAUUGCGCUAUUUUACUCCGCGAGAAGUGGCGCGUCUUAUGAGUUUUCCCGAAUACUUUGAAUUUCCUGCUGAGACCACAAAUCGUCAAAAAUACCGAUUGCUUGGCAACAGCAUUAAUGUUCGUGUUGUGGGCGAACUGCUCAAAUUGUUAACAUCAUAAUAUUAAUAAUUGUACCUUGCUUUUUAUGCGUAUUUAAUAAAGCUUAUUUUGUAUAACGAAA